CCGCGCCAGCGCGCGUUCGGCCGCCCUCCUCCCCGGCCUGUCCGCUCGGUUCCGGGCAGGCCGCGCCACCUGCCGCCUGGUCAUUGCCGACGCCCGCCGGCCUAGCUCGCCCCGUCUCGGAGUGCGUGUUCGUAUCUCCCGAAGCUUUCCGCGGAAACGCCCGGAGCCCCCUCCCGGCCGGGCGUGAUUAAUGGAUGCCUGGGAGUUGAUGUACAUAUAUAUUCAGAAAUGUUUUGCCACCUGAGACCUGUGAGAAGGUUAUGUCUAGAGAAGAUAUUUCCACCCUGGUUUCGAAACUCCUCAAGAGCUUUAUCGGGAGCUGAAGCAGUCAAUGCCUUGAGGCCAUUCUAUUUUGCAGUACAUCCAGAUUUCUUUGGACAGCACCCCAGAGAAAGGGAAGUAAAUGAAAAUUCUCUUAAGAGAUUAAGUGUCUACUUAGAAAACCUCCAGAAACCAGGCUUCAAGUCUUUGAAACCAAUUCAGCUUACAUUUUAUGUAAGAGAAACAGAGCAGAAUUCCUCUGAAGGCCAGGAACCUUUUAGCACAUCUGGAUUUCGAGCAGUCAAAUUUACUUUGCACACCAGAGAUCUGCUAAGCACAGUAUUAUAUAUUCUCAACUCCUGCAGUUUAUCUGUUGAACAUAUCCAAAGCUUGAAUAGUAAUGUGCAUUCCCAGCCUCUCAAGGAUGCUAAAAGGAUGUCUGACAGGCCCAUCAAGUGGGACAAAUCUUAUUACUACUUUACUGGAUUCAAGGACCCUCAUGAAGACCUCGAACAAGUCUCGAGAAUGGAAACAACCCUAACAUCCUGGUUAGAUAACAAUGGGAAAAGUGCAGUUAAAAAACUGAAGAAUAGUUUGCCACUUAGAAAAGAACUAGACCGUUUAAAAGAUGAUCUGUCUCAUCAGCUUCAGCUCUCAGACAUCAGGUGGCAGAGGAGCUGGGGCAUUGCCCAUCGCUGUAGCCAGCUUCAUAGUUUAGGCCGCUUAGUGCAGCAGAACUUGGAAAUUCUUAAAAAUGCAAAAGGAUGUACAAUAAUAUUUACAGACCGAUCCGGGAUGAGUGCAGUGGGCCAUGUGAUGCUAGGAACAAUGGAUGUCCAUCAUCACUGGACAAAACUUUUUGAACGGUUACCAAGUUAUUUUGACCUUCAGAGGAGGCUGAUGCUUUUAGAAGACCAAAUAAGCUACCUUCUCGGCGGCAUACAAGUGGUUUAUAUUGAGGAAUUGCAACCAGUAUUGACGCUUGAAGAAUAUUACUCUCUUCUUGAUGUGUUCUAUAACAGACUGUUGAAAAACAGAAUACCCUUUCACCCUAGAAGUCUGCGUGGUUUACAAAUGAUCCUUAACAGUGACAGAUAUGCUCCAAGCUUGCAUGAACUUGGGCACUUUAACAUCCCAACCCUCUGUGACCCAGCAAACCUCCAGUGGUUUAUUCUCACCAAAGCCCAGCAGGCAAGAGACAACAUGAAAAGAAAAGAAGAGUUAAAGGUUAUUGAAAAUGAAUUAAUACAGGCUUCAACGAAGAAAUUUUCCCUGGAAAAGUUUUAUAAGGAGCCCAGCGUUUCUAGUAAGCAAAUGGUGGACUGUUGUAAGAGACUUCUAGAACAGUCACUGCCUUACCUGCAAGGGAUGCACCUCUGCAUUUCACAUUUUUAUUCUGUUAUGCAAGAUGGAGACCUUUGUAUUCCUUGGAACUGGAAGGAUGGAGAAGCCAUUAAGUAACACAGAAAUCUGUAUUCUUUUUGAAGAGAUAAGAAACUGUUAAAUUUAUUUAAAUCCACAAUUUGAUAUAGCAGUAUUAUUUACAUAUUACAAGUAGGAAGUCUCUAACUGCUGCUCUAAAAGUAAACCUUUUUUAAAAAUUAAUUUCUGCUACAUAACUUGUUUUAAAAGGUUUUAUCUCCCAGUCUUAUGGUGUUUCUUAUCUGAUUGGCAUGAUUGGGUAAAAAGAUGUCAAAAUGAAAGAACCUAUUUUUAGCGGUAUGUAAAAGAGGGAUUCUACAGAGGUAAGGAAAUUGUAUAUUUUUAUAUGAGUGAAUGUGGCUACUGUUUGAAACAGGUCUCAUUCAGCAUAGCUCUGGAGCAGUGGAACUCAUUCAGCGUGCAGCUGUAGAAUUCAUCUGUGUCCAUAUGAACAUGCGUUUUGCAGCCAGUAAGGGACAGUUGCACCAAAGCAGGAGAGCAGCAAAACUUAGAUAACCAAGCUUUUCCCUAAAGAAAGAGUAGAAGGAAAAAAAAAGCAAUUGGGUGUAUAAAUACUAUUGACAUUGUCACAAGCAGUCCGAUACUAGUUUGUUAAAACAUCUUAGUGACAGAAAAUGUAGGUUUAAAUCUGUAAGUUCUCCGACCCGUUAAAAUAUUACAGCUGUUGGUAGCAUGACACUGACACACAGUAGAGGUCUUUGAAUCAGUGAGGUGACGCGUGACGCCUUUGUCUUUGUGGACAAACUAUCCAGUAAAUAGGGGUAGGAAUGGCUCAGGCCAUUCAGGAUUUCUGGCACCCCCUCAGUGGGUCCUCCUGCCCCUGCCGGCCCCUGUGAGCACCCCCAUGCCCACCUCGGCCCCCGGGGCCACAGGGGGCCCUCUCUGCAGACACACGACUCCUCUCCACAGGCGUUUCCCUUGGAUAAUAUUAUUUCACCAGAUCCAGAACCUCUUCGGCUCGUUUCUCAAGAGGACCAGGUGAAUCCCGAGGUGGGAUGCCGUGUUUGUAGCCCCUCCUGCUGAAGAAAAGGGAAAGGAAUUUUUUUCCACCGUGCGCCAGAAAGAAAAGGAGCUGUUAACAGCCAUUCUUGAGGCACAUUUUAGAUUCAUCAAAACACUAUUAUUUAAACUGUUAAAUUCAAAUAUGUGUUCAAAAGAAAUACUGAUUUGUAGUUUUUCUGGUUUGUGCAUAUCAUCUCUUUGAAGCUUCAGUAACAACUCUACUGAUUUUUUUUUCCUAAUGUAAGAAUGUUGCCCUUAAAGAUUUUCCAGAGCCAGAUGAUGAGAGUAAAAAUCCCUUCCUUAGAGAUUACAUAAGGAAAUUUAUUGAAAAAUUGGUUUGGAUUAUGCCAUUUCUAAUGGCAACUAAUAACAGAAUCCUUAGUGAUAUGUUUUGAAUUGGACUUUGUCCCAGAACUGAUUGUUAAUAACAACAUAAUAAAUAGUACAUUAAACA